CCAAACAUCAGUUUGACGAGCCACUGGAUGAGACGGAGCGAUCUUCAGAUUUGCUUUUACAUUUCUUAACCUUUAUUAAUCAAUUCAUUUCUUUAAUUCGUUCGUUUAACGAUACAUUUUCACCUGAAAUACUUACUGUCGCAUUGUUGUCUUGUAUUAACAUUUCCUGUAUUUAAUCUCAUUCUGUGAGUUGAUUCUUUUUACAGGUCAGAUGACGUCGUUCAUCGGAGGAAAUUGUGGAGCUGGUGUACCGAGGGAUCAGAUCGCCUCGCUGUUCGUGGGGGAUCUUCAUCCAGAAGUGUCCGAGUUCCUCCUCCAUCAGACGUUCAGCCCGUUCGGUCCGAUCCAGUCCGUGCGGGUCUGCAGAGACAGGGUGACUUGGCGCUCCCUGCGGUAUGGUUAUGUUAACUUUGUUAACGUCGCCGAUGCUGAGAGUGCCACGGACACCCUAAUGUGUCAGGAUCUUCUGGGCAGACCCAUGCGAAUCAUGUUCUCCCAGCGUGAUUCCACUCUGAGGACGACUGGGGUGGGGAACAUCUACAUCAAGGGUCUGGCCAGCAGCAUCGAUGGUGCCCGCCUUCAUGACACCUUCUCGCGUUUUGGGAAGAUCCUGUCGUGCAAGGUGGUCUGUGAUGCAAAUGGAUCCAAAGGUUAUGGAUUCGUCCACUUUGCCACCUUCGAAGCGGCAGAGGAGGCCAUCAAAGCGCUUGAUGGCAUGCUGUUGGACGACCAGCUAGUGUCCAUUUGCCACUUUAAAACCUUUGAGGAGCGUCAGGUUGAGCCAAAGGUUAUGGCUCAGGACAGCGGGAGGCACUACCCGGGGGUGAGUCUGUACGUGUCUAAUCUGCCCUAUAGCUUCAGUGAGCAGCAGCUGUCCAGAGCGUUCUCACCCUUCGGAAGCAUCAUCAGUGCCAAGCUGAUGAUGGAGGCAGGACGCAGCAGAGGGUUUGGAUUUGUCAGCUUCUCCACCCUCGAAGAUGCGACUACUGCUGCGUCGGUCAUGACCGGGCGCAUGGUUGCCGGCAGGGCGUUGCGGGUCACUCUGUCUCGUCACAAUGAGCAGAAGACCCAGGCUGAGAAGCAGGACAGCAGCAGUGAAUCACUUCCUGCUGGACAGUUUACGUCUGCUGUUCCUCGGGUUCAAAAACGCCUUGCCGUUAACCCUGCAAACCAGCGGGCGCUCCAGCCCAUCAGUCGUCAGGCAGCAGCGGGCGUCCUCGCUCAGAGUAAGAGUCUCCGCCCACUGAUGCCUGUCGUCCUGCUGGAUGCUGUUCAUACUCAGCCUCCGCGCCUGCUGGUCUCUCAGGUGCUUCUGGACUACUGGGCAAGUCAAGCAGAGUUGGAUGUGUGGCGUCCCAGCGACUGCUCGCCCUGCCUGCACCCAGCGAUGAUACUAAAGUUAUCACUCACUUAUCUCAGAUCCCUAAAAUUCUGCCUGAUGGUGCAACAGCUCCUGUCAAAACAGAAGCUCAACAGGUAG